CGAAUUUAAACUGGAGUGGCGGAGUGCCCGCGGCCAGGGUUGUACGGGGUAGGAUGGGGGUCGGGGAGCCUGAGAAGGGGGAUGCGUCCCCGUGUGUGGACAAGAAGUUCACCGUCCCGCAGCCGCCUUCCAUCGAGGACUUUAAUAUAGUGAAGCCCAUCAGCCGGGGCGCCUUCGGGAAGGUGUAUCUGGCCCGCAGGAAAAACAACAGCAAGCUGUUCGCUAUCAAGGUGGUGAAGAAAGCAGACAUGAUUAAUAAGAAUAUGGUUCAUCAGAUCCAGGCGGAAAGAGACGCUCUCGCUUUGAGCAAAAGUCCUUUUAUUGUACAUUUGUACUACUCUCUCCAGUCAGCCAACAACAUCUAUCUGGUCAUGGAAUAUCUCAUUGGUGGGGAUGUGAAGUCUCUCCUGCACAUCUAUGGUUACUUUGAUGAAGACAUGGCAGUGAAAUUAAUCUCAGAGGUGGCCCUGGCUCUAGACUACCUGCACAGGCACGGUAUAAUCCACAGGGAUCUGAAACCGGAUAAUAUGCUGAUUUCCAAUAAGGGUCAUAUUAAGCUAACAGACUUUGGCCUCUCGAAAGUCACUCUGAAGCGAGAGCUUAACAUGUUGGAUAUUUUAACAACCCCUUCAAUGGCGAAACCCAAGGAAGACUAUUUCCGCACCCCAGGCCAAGUUCUCUCUCUCAUCAGUUCCUUGGGAUUUAACUCUCCAGUUCAAGGUAAGAUGCAGGCAUCGGUCUCCUCCAUGACGCCAGUGUAUAAUGAAUUCUCACAGGGAAAUUCCACUCCAAUUGUAACGAAGAAAAAAGAAAGCUUUGCGAAAGGCAGCAAACUUCAUUUAUCAUAUCCUGAAGUCAGUAUGUCCAGUCCUAGUAUGCCUGUGAAAUGCCUCACCCCAAACCUACUGAAGUCUAGAGCACGGCAGGGCACCUCCAGUACCAGCAGCCAUUCUCAUAUCUGUGUGUCCAGCAUGGAGUCUGAUUACUGCAGCAGUCCAAAAUGGGAAAAUCCUAACCAGGAUCCGGAUGGGCCAUCAUACUUGCGUUCAAGCCGCUUGAAGAACAGUAUGUUGGAUAAAUCGCUGAGCAAGAUCCAUGUGGGGAAAGUUGCCAAGAGUAUAAAAGAUUUGGAAUCCGCCUUCUCCCCCAUCGUUCGUCGCAGGACAUACAGAAAGUCCGAAAAUCCAGAGGACACAAGUGGGCUUGAUGAAACUCCUAAUAGCAGUAUAAACACCAAGGGCUUCAUCCGAAAAUGUCUCUAUGAUCCUAGCACACAAGAAGAAAAGGAGAACUUUGGUGCGAACACGAAAGGACUUAAACAUUUGCCAAAAUCUCCAGAAUUCCCUCCAUGGCUGGCUAGUGCCUCAUUGAAUGAUUUAGCGGACACUGAAGAUGAAAAUGCAGAAAGACCCGCAAACAAAAGAAGUUUUUCACAGGUUGAGACAAGCCCCGGGCAAGACGCCGCAGAAAAGAAAAAUAAUUCCCAGUAUAAACGUGCAUAUAAAUUAUCGGAGGUCCAGGUUAACCCGAGCACGGGUUUAACCAUGGAAAUUGAGGCUCUCCUUCUUAAUGACCUCCGAAAAGGCGUUUCGAAUGCAGAGAAUCUGGAAAAUGUGUUUGUACCCGCACCACACACUCUGGAGAAGUUGGGCUCUCCAAACCUGGUGGCCAAGAAUUUGUUGUGUGAACUAGAUGAAAACUGUGAGCAGGUGGAGGGUCCUGAUGCCUGGAGAUCAAGCCCCAAUAGGGAUUCUGACCCUUCUCCUCCUACAUCUAUGGAAAAGGAGAUUUCUGAUGUGGAUAAAAGCAUGAAAGAACUUUCUGUUGAGUCCCAAAAUGAUGUUGGCGAGGGCUCAUCUACAGAAGAUUUCGGUAUCGACGAAACCGUUAAACAUGACCAAAAAGAGAAUGAAUGCAGGGGGCGUGCCCUAGCCGACAUCACCAAUAAUGCCUGGGCAUCUCCCGCCACCACCAGGAUACCGCCCAAUUCUAAAAAGCGUCCUGUUGUGGCUUUCAGAAGCUAUAAUAGCUCCAUCAAUGCUUCACAUAUCUCGGAACCUUCCAGACUGAGUAUUGGCUCGAUGGACAAAAUACAUUUCUCUCUGGGUUGUACAGGAUCCUACCCAUUGGCUGUUACUCCGGCACAAAAGGACAGGGCACUCAAGAAUUUUCAGGGUCUGGCAGAGACACCAUACAGAACACCAAAGAGUGUGCGUAGAGGAGCGGCGCCAGCUGAGAAUGAGAAGAUUCUGGGAACACCGGACUAUCUGGCUCCAGAGUUGCUACUGGGACAUCCACAUGGACCUGCAGUGGACUGGUGGGCCCUUGGAGUUUGCCUGUUUGAGUUUUUGACUGGCAUUCCCCCUUUUAACGAUGAGACUCCAGCACUAGUGUUCCAAAAUAUUUUAAAAAGAGACAUCCCGUGGCCAGAAGAUGAUGAAACACUUUCUCCUAAUGCUCACAGUGCAAUCGAUAUUCUGCUCACCCUCGAUAACACAAAGAGAGCCGGAUUAAAAGAACUGAAGGCUGACGCUCUUUUUCAUGGCAUAGAAUGGGCCAAUUUGCACAACCAGGCCAUGCCCUUUAUACCGCAGCCAGACGAUGAAACGGACACCACGUACUUUGAUGCCAGGAAUAACGCGCAGGAUCUCAAAGUCUCUGGAUUCAGCCUAUAGCUGUGCUUCUUUCUGGAAACGCCUCCUAUCAUUGUCUACUGGGAG